AUGGCCGACAAAAGCGCACAAGGGUCAGUGCAAACCACUAAAGAAAAGAAAUAUCUCGGCAAAUAUUGCGUAGCCGGUGGCCCAAAUAAGUCAAGUUGCAAAAAUAAUUCUUUAACUGCAGGAAUAUCAAUGCAUGAAUUCCCUAAAAAGGAUUCAUCACUUCGAAAAUUGUGGAUUCAAUUCGUCCAGCGACAUCGCCAAGACUGGCAACCUUCGGUAUAUUCCUGCUUGUGUUCUGCACAUUUUGAAGCUUCUUGCUUCCAUAAUCGCAUUGACAUCAAUCUCGAAGGCACCAGUACGACACGAACGAAACGAUUGCUGGAUAGAAGUUUAGCUGUUCCAACAAUUGAUACGGUUUCUUCGGUGCGAACUUCAGACGCAAUCUCGUCAAGGGAACGCAGACAGGUACGCGAAUAAUAAUAAUGCACUAAUUAUAUUCAUGUAUUUUUAAUAUCAAUAUGAAUUUUAAUCACUUGCUGUGCUUGAGAAUUUAAUACUGAUCUAUUCAAGAAAUCUAUAAAGAAAUAGACUAUUUUGUCAAUCGUUUAUUUUACCCCGUGGAUAUUCGUCCGACACCGGAUCUUCUUGCUUCACGGCUAUUAAUCCGACAACGCUGUAAAAGCUAGCACUAAACCACUAAAUGGUUGCGUUGUUUUUUAAGAACGAAGCAACAACAUAUUAUUCUAUACGCUAUACGUUUCGACGGUUUCGUACGCGAAAAUCACGAAGAAAAAAAAAAAGUAUAAAAAAAAAUAAUAGAAUAAUAACAAGAGCAGGAAUCGAUCCCACAACUUGGCGCACGCAAUACGGGUGCCUAAACCACAACACUACGGAGGAUUCGCUUGAAAUUCAUUUAAAUUUACGCAGUUUUAUAUUUAACGAGUUUAAUGAUUAUGGAAUGUCGGACGAAUAUCCACUUCCUUUAUUUUAUGUAUAGGUCCUUCGUCAUGUUCAGCGAGAAUGGCAAACACCUCGGCAAACACCAUCUCCGAAUUUGAAUGUCGAAGCAAUUCAUGACAUUCACAUUGUGGAUCAAACUCCUUCGACCCCUUGUCCGAGCCUUAUUUACGAGCAAGCCACUUCAUCAUUGACCACUGUCGAAUCCAGUAUCGUAACUCCAAUUUCCAGUGAAUUAUUGACUUCGUCCAAGGAACAAUGUAAAAAGCUGCGAGAUUCCUUGCGUAAAGGCAAAGUCGCUAGAAGGAAACCGAAGCUGAAGGUGCAGCAGCUGGAAAAAACUAACAAGAGCUUAGUGAAUGUAAGUGUGUCUGUAUGAGAUGUUUAUACAGUAUGUAAGGGACAGAUCGUUUUAUAAAUUGUCAAAAGUAGAAACAUAAAUAUUUCAAAUUGAAAUUCCCUGUAUGCAGGUAUGCUUGCUAUGGAUAGACAAAGUAAAAAAUAGUAUUAACCCGUUUAUAGCGCCCAAAUACACCCUGCUUAAUAUUUACUCUGUCUAACGCCAUACAAUUUUAGUCGUCAGUGGUAGAGUAUUGCCAAUUAAUGGGUUAACAAACCAUCUGCCCAUGUCACUUGUUAACCCAUUAGCACCCAAGUACACCCUACUUUAGUAUUUACUUUGUCUAAUGCCAGACAAUUUUACUCGUCAGUGGUAGAGUGUUGGUGGUUAUUAAUGAGUUAAAAUGAAAAUUGACAAGUAUUGUACAGAAACAACCAUUCACAUAUGAACUAAUAUUGCACUUAUUUUCCUACAGAAAGUAAAAAGGCAAACUGUGAUGAUUGAUCAAGUUGUCAACGAUCUUCACACUGAUGAGUCUGAUGACGAUGAUGGUGAAGAUAUCGAAGGAGACUGGGAGCCAACAAAUGAUGAUGACGAUGGUGAUGAUGAGGUUCCAGCAAAUGAAGAGUCAAGAAAUGUGAUACGGUAUAUAACCGAUUGAAUGUGUUGUUUGAGAAUUCCUCAUGGCCAUAUCAACAUUUCCUUGGGUUUCACUACGGCAUUUUGCAGUGAAUCUGAUUGGGGGUCAACCAAAAAUGUAUUGAUGCUUAUGCUGUACUGGAGUGAGCAAAUGAUACAAAAUUGCAUGUAUUUGCCACCAAAGACAAGGCCAACACAUACAGUGAAAAUUUAUGACAUCAUAUGAAACCCAAGAAUAGGGAACACAUUCUCCCUUGCAACACAAUUUUUCCAUUGCUAAAUUACUACUACGGAUAUUUCAAUAUGGCAAAUCGGAGCACAAUUUACUGUGCCCUUGAUUGCAUUAACAUUUAUAGAUGCCCUGUUAGUGUUAUUUUUAAUCUCUAUUGUAACACUGUACUGGCAAUCCUUGGGUCUUACAUCACUUAAUUAACAUUGCCUACUUGUAAUUAAAUUAUGUACAAUGUCUCUUUUUUAGUGUCAAUGCAAGUACAACAUCAGUUGAUGAGCCAAAGUUUAUUGUUUUUUACCAAUCCCUUUUGGCUUUGUUUUCUUUGUUUUGUUUUAACUGCAAAGCAGAGAAACCAGAAGUGAGAAUGGAGCAGAAUGGUACCAUGGUAACUGUUGAACAACAAUGCUCAAAUUGUUAUGCGAAACCAUUCCGAUGGAGAAGCCAACCUUUUAUUCUUGGCAGAUAUCCAGCAGGAAACGUUUUGUUGAGCUUUGCGACAUUGAUGGCUGGUGCUUCAAUCAGCAAGGUUCUUCUGGUUUUUCGGCAUUUUGGUUUGGCAGCCUACUCACCGAGGACCUUCUUUUACCAUCAACGCAAAUUUCUUUUGCCAAGCAUCCUCCACUACUGGGAGUCAUACCAAGCUAAGCUGAUACAGUCAUUGAAGUCUGUCAAAGAUAUUGUUUGGAGUGGAGAUGGUCGAUUCGACUCAAUGGGCCACUCUGCAAAAUAUGGAGUGUACACAAUGUUCUGUUGUACCAUAAUGAAAAUUGUCCAUUUUGAAUUGUUACAAGUGAGUAUAAAUAGUGGUAAAGGGUAGACUGGGGAGGUUCUUGAAAAAAAACCGAAACCUGUCAAGAGAAAACCCGAAAAACUAGUUUUUUAUCUAUAAAUAACACACAGACAUAAAAUAGUGUAGCACAUAUUUUUAUUACGUGAAAACCUGGUCUGCUCACAGCCUCACAUCGUUGAAGGUGACGUUAUCAACUACCCGAAAAAUAAGAAAGGUAGUCGUAUAACCUGGUCCUUUCACAACUAUUUCUCACAUUGCUACCAUCCCCCCCCCCCAAGUUUAUUAUAGAACUAUAGUUUCUCAAAUAUGAUUAUACCAUGCCUGAAAUAGGACAACGCUUUUCAUUUUUUUCUCUUAUUCCUAGGAGCAAAAAGUACUAAAAUCUUUGAAUGUUUAAUCCAUUUUGUGUUGCUUGCUUGCAAUUUUUAAAUGUUUACACUAGUUGCACAAUUAUUCUUUUGGGGUCACUUGCUGCUUUCAGCUAAAUUAGUAUAAACGAGUUAAAGGGAAUAAGAGUCUAAUGGUAUUAUAAUGAUAUUGUGGCCAAGUACUAAAGUAAUAAGGGAGUAAGAGGGAAUAAGUGUCUAAUGGUAUUAUAAUGGUAUUGUGGCCAAGUACUAAAGUAAUAAGGGAGUAAGAGGGAAUAAGAGUCUAAUGGUAUUAUAAUGGUAUUGUGGCCAAGUACUAAAGUAAUAAGGGAGUAAGAGGGAAUAAGAGUCUAAUGGUAUUAUAAUGGUAUUGUGGCCAAGUACUAAAGUAAUAAGGGAGUAAGAGAGAAUAAGAGUCUAAUGGUAUUAUAAUGAUAUUGUGGCCAAGUACUAAAGUAAUAAGGGAGUAAGAGGGAAUAAGAGUCUAAUGGUAUUAUAAUGGUAUUGUGGCCAAGUAAUAAGAUACUUGAAGUCUUGAAAUUUGAGAAUAAUAUAAUAACCGGAAACACUGCAGGGCGACGACCACUACAUUCAUUAGUCCCCCUUACUCCCAGGAAUAAACACGAAAGUUAAAAUUUCUUGUCCUAUAUUAGGCAUCAUAUGUGCCAAUGCAUUGAUGAUCAGUGAUAACAAACUUAAUUUAUUUUUUAGGCUAACCAGUCUGGUAGCAGCAAUGCAAUGGAGUUGGAUGGUUGCAAGAGAUCAUUCGAUUUCCUGAUGACAACUGCAGGAUUGGCAAUACCAGUUUUUGUUUCUGAUCGUCACAAAGGGAUUGUCAAAUACAUACGAGAGUCACAUCCUGCAAUCAAGCAUUUUUUUGACCAAUGGCAUGUUGCCAAAGGUCUUGUUAAAAAAAUGCUUGCUGCCAGUAAAGAGAAAGGCUGUGAAAGAAUCAAGGAUUGGACAAAAGGCAUACGAAAUCACAUUUACUGGUGUUCUACAUCAACUGUAGGGCGUUUUAAGAGCAUGAUUCUUGCAAAAUGGAAAUCUUUGAUGCGGCACAUAACAAACAAGCAUGAGGACCAUCCUGACUCACUUUUCCCAAAAUGUGUUCAUAAUGAGAUUGAAAAGAGAAAGUGGAUAAAAAUUGGUAGGUCUGAGAUGUAAUUGAUAUAGGUUUGUGUUCAAUUGCAACACCAACAAUAAAAUUAUUACAGAGUGUUAAAAACAAAGGCUAGAUACCGGUAAACUUUAUUGUUCACAGAUAAAAUUGGCUAUCAUUAUAUAGUAUUUCCUAUUGGUUCUAUUUAUAUUAUCAUAUACUGUAUGCCUGUUGGGUUGUUCACCUACGACUUGGUGGCAACAGACAAAAGUACUUAAAUUAACCAGUGAUAGCCAAUUUUGUCUGUUAAUUAAAUUAAUACAAAUUUACUACAUUUUCAUGGUAGUAAUAUAUUAAUUUUUAUUUAUAUAUGAAGGAACAAAAGCAUAUGACAAACUGCAGGUUAUUCUCAUGAAGAAAACCGUGCUGAAUGACAUACAGCGAUUGUCCCAGAUGCACAGACCAGUGCUCUUGAAGGGUUCCAUUCCACCCUAAACCAAUGGCACCCAAAAAUGCUUUGUUUUUCAUGGCUUGGCACAUAUUGCAGGUAAGCGAAUUUAUUUAUUGUAAACCGGGGUGACUUUGAGAAUUGGUUGAAUUUGGCUACCUUUCUGUGAAGUAAUUAUGUUAAGUACUGAAUAAAAACAGGAAGUGGACAGAGUGAACCGAUUUUCAAAGUCACACCAGUUUAACCCAUUUGUGGGCAAUGAACUCAAACACGCUCUACUUUAGUAUUUACUCUGUCUAACACCAGAUGAUUUUUCUCGCCAGUGGUAGGGUACUGGCCAUCAAUGGGUUAACCUAAUUACAGGCACGGAUUUUCUGGGGGGGGGUGCGCACCCCCAGAAAUGAUUUGCACCACCCCCCCCAUCCCCCAAGGCAUUUGGCACCCCCGCAAAUUACAUAUAUUUUGAUUUGAUGGUUUCAUAUUUGAUUAUUCUUACUACUAAAUUUGUAAAAUUACCAAUAUUAUGGUCACAGAUCUUGCCAUGCAGGCCUAGAAAACAAAUUUUGUUAAACUUUUUCCUUGGCCUUUCUGGGUGUUUCCACCACGCCCCGGCCAAAACAAGCAGUAGCAUCCCCCAGAUAUUUAUCCCCCCCCCCCGAACGAAAAUAUGAAAAUCCGUUUCUGCCUAAUUAUGCUUAGUCCAGUAAAGUAGCCCGAUGUAGUGCCUUCCAGCCAAAUUAUUGCCCCCUCUGGGAAAAUUCGUAGUCAAACUGAUUAAAACAUCAACUUUGUUCCAAGACUUUUUUGAGCUUUCCCAGGGGUAAAACAAUGCAUGCUAAAUAACUAAAUAAAGCAAAAUUUAAUGCCCCUCUAUGGCUAUGAAUAUGUUGCUUACUUGCCUCAUUCAGUUUUCAUGCAUCCUGUGCGAGUUGGCCAUGCCCAAUUUUUUUGUCCCCCUCCCCCCUUGGCUGGCUUACGGUACUCUAUGCACAUGUUCUAUAAUUUGUUCUGCAGACAUAUCCUGGCAAGCUUGCAUUUCAACGAAAAUAUUAAUCGGGAAACUCAAACAACAAAGGAUGGAAAUGCAUAUGUCCAUGUCACAUAUCCCAAGUUCAAAUUGGGUGAUGAAGUUGUUAGAGAAGUAUCGGUACCACCAACAUAUGGUGAGUUUUCCUUUUUUAAUUAAUGCAUUACAACUGUUACAUCCCAAGGCUAGUGUAAUAUUAUUUUUUCAUUUUAAUAUUUUUAAGAAUGUGUUACCUGCAUUAAAUAAGUUUUACUCACUUUGAGCAAGGAAGACCUGACCAAAGUGAGAAACAAAUAUUUGGCAAAGGUCCCAGCAGCACUCAACACCCAAUUUGCAGACAGAAAAUCGAAGAUUGAAGCUGUGCAAGAACAUGGGAAAAGAAAAAAGCAAGUUGUUGAACUUCAUCCAUCAGGUAUAAGAGAAACAAAUAACUGAAUAGAAUAUUGAAAUCCAACCCUAGUCCUGAGUUAGAGUGGGGGGGUGGGGGGUGGAGGAUGGGGAGGGUGACCCUCUUCCAAUAAACUGUAAGUACUGGUUAAUUAAGGCAAUUUUAGAAGGUUUACUGAAUUAUGAUCAAUAUUUUUUUAGCCCAAGAGCAAGAAACUCUUAAAAGGAAACUUGAAGAGGCUGAGGCAGCAAGGCAAGCCGAUCCACCUGCAAAGAAACAGAGAUGCUGCCGGAAAUGCAAGAGUCCAAUGUUAGGGCAUCCACGUGGUCAUUGUAUGAACCAGGCAGAGGAUAAUUGA